CGCCCUCACCUCCUGGGUGGGCAUCGCCCGCCUCCUCGCCGUGGUGCUGUCCUGCCUCUCCUUCAGCCUGGUGGCCUCCACCAGGGACUUCGGGAAUCCCUACGGGACGUGGUGCAUGUUCUCCUGGUGCUUCUGCUUCGCCGUGACGCUGCUGGUGCUGCUGCUGGAGCUGCUGGAGCUCUACCCGCUGCUGCCGCUCUCCUGGGAUGACUUCACCUCGGCUUUCUCCAUGCUGGCCGCUCUGAUGGUCUUCACCUCCUCGGUGGUGUUCCCUGCCACGUUAAUCGAGAGCCCCUGCAACAACAGCAAGUGUGCCCGGCAGGCCGUGGCCACCACCUCCUCCUGCCUCUGCUUCGUCGCCUACGCCCUCGAGGUGUCGCUGACCCGCGCCAAGCCCGGCGACAUCAGCAGCUUCCUCUCCACCGUGCCCGGGCUCCUCAAGGUCUUUGAAGCCUACGUGGCUUGCCUGAUCUUCUCCCUGCUGGAGAGGAGUGAAUACAGUAAGGGAUCUGGCCUGAUGUGGUGCGUGGCUGUCUACUCCCUCUGCUUCAUCUUCACCCUCCUCAUCAUCAUCUUCACCAUCGGCCGCUGCCUCAGCUACAUCCCCUGCCAGCUGGAGAAGGUGCUGGUGGGCUACAACGCGCUGGCCCUGCUGAUGUACCUCACUGCCAUGGUCGUGUGGCCCCUCUACAGCUUGGGGGGCCGGGGCCGCCCCGAUCCCUGCUACUCGAACUGCUGGUGGAACAAGAACCUGGGGAUCACCUUCCUCACCAUCUUCAACCUCAUCGCCUACUUGGUGGACCUGGUCUACUCCACCAGGAUGGUUUUCUUCAGGGCGCCUCCCUAAGGGCUCGGGGCGGGGCUGGGGGCGGUGGGACGCGGCUGGUGCCGGCGGAGCUGAGGAAGGGGCCGGGUGCCUCGGAGAGCUCCUUGUGCCCAGGCAGAGAGCCAGGGCUGAGCCGGGGGUGAGCCGGGGGUGCGCUCAGCCCGGGGCCCCAGGGGCUGCACAGACAGGGGGGC